AUGUUGCGGAGUCAUCCAGCUCGAUGCAGGCGCGCCUUCCAGAGACGCCCUCUUUCAACACGAACGCUCUAUACUACUGGUGCCGAGACUUACUCGCAUAGUCCUCCACCAUGGAGGCCUGUCUCGGCUCUUGAUGAAUUCGUUGAGCGCCAGAUUCGACCGAUCAGUUUACGACAGCUUACAUUUUUCGGACGGACCUUGACCGAAUCGAGGCUGAUUAGCUCUGCCAACUAUGUGCGCACGGAGCUUCCGACUAGAUUAGCGCACCGUCUGCGGGAGAUACAGAAGCUGCCAUACGUCGUGGUAGCUAACCCUCAUUUCUCCCUCGUAUACGAACUGUACUAUAAAGCAUUCGAAAGGUUUCGGACGGUGCCGGAGAUACUCACACUCGACGACAAUGACCGUUUCUGUGAUAUCCUGCGCAAAACGCUCCAAGAACACCUUGUUGUUAUACCGAGAUUAGCCAUGGGCGUGCUGGAAUGCCGCAAUCUCCUACCCCCAGACGCUAUGGACCAUUUCAUGAACACUCUGCUCAGAGCAAGAAUUUCUCGUCGAGUCAUCGCGGAACAACACCUAGCACUAACAGAAACCUUCAAUUCCCCGUGGCACUUCCCUGGAUCGCAAGAUCGGACAGACCUGAAUGCGGACUUUGUUGGCGAAGUGUUUCUCAAAUGCAACGCCAAAGAGGUCGUCGAGCGAUGCGGCAAGCUUGUACAAGACAUGAUUAGGCAGAGCACUGGCUCAGAUAAAAUUCCGGAAAUAUCAGUCCAAGGGCAUUUGGAUGCGACAUUUCCGUAUAUGCUCAGUCAUUUGGAGUAUAUAAUCGGUGAACUCCUGCGCAACUCGGUUCAGGCUGUCAGCGAGAAAUACCAAGAAAUAGAUGAGAAACCACCUCCGAUCGAAGUGCUGAUUUGCGAAGCACCUCAACAUGUGAUCAUGCGUGUUUCCGACCAGGGGGGAGGUAUUCCUAGAGAGAUCCUGCCCUACCUGUGGUCUUUCAAUAAAGGCCCUCACAGCAAGCUACGACUUGAGAACCUGGGACAGGUUCCAGCAAUGGCAGCGACCUUGCAAGAGCUAUCAGUCUCAAAGGAGACGAAGCGUGCGGACAAGGAGACCUUCCGUGAAGGCUCCUUGGACACGCUGACAUCGCGGCUCCCAGAUCUCCGGCUAGGGAUAGGGCUUCCGAUGAGCAGAGUCUAUGCAGAGUACUGGGCCGGCAGCCUGGAGCUACACAGUCUGGAAGGCUACGGUGUGGACGCGUUUCUUUCAAUCUCAAAACUCGGUAACAAGAACGAGCAAGUCACGACUAGAGCAGCAAUUGAUGCCGUAUGA